AAAACUUUACUUUCAUAACUAGUAUGGACUAACCUGAGGCUGCUGUUUCGACCGGUUCCGACCACCGGUAGCCUGCUUCUCCUUCAUUGGUCUAAAACUUAGAGGUCAAAGUGUUCUUCCGGUGUCCGGUGACAAGGAAAUAAACAACAAAAUAUUAUAUUUUAAUUAAUAUUUGGCGGUGGUUGGACUAAAAUUAAAAGUUGAGUUUCCUAUUCAGCUAAAUUAAAUUGUUAUAACAAUAGUAACACUGUUUAUGAAACAACAGAGCUGUUAAGAAGCCUGUUAUGUUCGGGAUUUUGUAACUAUGGCAACUGCAGUUACAAGCUAACACAGAAAACGGCGACAGGGAAAUAAACAACAAAAUAUGAUAUAUUAAUUCAUAUCUGGAGGCGGUUUGACAUGUUUUGGGGUGAUAAAGUUAACUAAUAUAGCACAAACAUUUUUUACUUUCCUCAUCCCUUCGCAGCGUUUCCUGUCGAAUCUGAUAACAUCUCUUAUGUCUGACAUUCAGGAAAGUGAAGAUGUUAAAACUCAAGGCGAAGGACCUAUUAAAGUAUCCUACAUUUUUCCCAAUGGGGACAAAUAUGAGGGGGAGUGCAGCAGGUGUGCAGGUGUUAUGAUGAGAAGCGGUACCGGUACACACACCUCCGCAGGGGGAAUCAUAUACACAGGAGAGUGGCUGGAAGACAAAAUGCAUGGCAGAGGGACCCUGAAUCAUCCCUCUGGAGCACUCUAUGAAGGAGAAUUCAAAGACAACAUGUACCAUGGCACGGGAAGAUAUACCUUUCCAGAUGGCUCUACUUACAAGGGUCCCUUCAACAAGAACAGGUUGGAGGGCGACGGGGCGUUCACUGACACACAGGGACUGGUAUGGACGGGGGAGUUCCACGGGAAAGCAGCGCUGGGCCUGAAAAUGCUGCACAACAUUUAGGCAAAACAUCAUUGUACUGGAAUGUCUGAAUCACUAUGAUCUACAUUCAAAUUAAAUUGUAUAGGAAAAGACUCAUCUAAAAGUACUUAUUUUUUCUGUACUUCAUUCUGACAGAAAGACCUGUAUUUCUACAAAGAGCUUAAAGGGGCCCUAUCAUUUCAUAUAUGUAUUUUUUGCCACUACUGUGACAUAUUUAUGCUUUAAUGUUGAAAAAAGUAUGUAUUAUUCCUCAUACUGCCUGUGCUGCAGCACCUCUUAUCACCCUAUGUCUGAAACCAGACAGCUAGCCUUAUAAUAAGCAUGUUUGCUGCAGUUAUUUAAUUGCUUUUACCAUACUGUAUAUUGAAGGAUACAAACAGGGCCUUU